AUGCCUGGCCUGAGGAUGGGUAAAAUCGUGAGCAUGGCCCUGUGGGAUGUCUUCCUCAAGGAGCGUACUCUGGAAGAAUACCUGAGCCUGGGCGCCGUGUGGCUCCAGGACGAGGAGAGAGCCAGGGCCGACGAGUUGACCAACCCUCUCAGUGAAGCCAAAGAGAGGAUAUGGGGAGGCCGAAAAUACGGACUCGAUAUGGCCGAGUUGGCUGAGUUUCCCGUCUAUCUGGAGUCGUCCGAGGAGGGUUUCGGUCUUUACAAACGGUUGGGUUUCGAGAUGCUCAAUGAGAAGAUUGUACAUCGCGCAGGGCUGCUUUGCGCCGAAAAGGACGUUGAACUCCCUCUGAUAGUGAAGAUACCGCGGGACUGGAAUGGCGUGCUCAAGGAUAUCCGCCUUUCAAGUGAGCGAGCGCAUGGCUGA